ACGAGGAGGAGGUUGCAAAAGAGGAGCGCGGGCAACAACGUCCGUCGCUGCGGGACGCCGUUUGCAAGAAGCCUCAACAGCACACAGCAGAGCCUGCCUGAGGGAAGGAGCCGGAAGAGCCACCAGUGACCGGGGUGCGGAGGGUCCGAGAGGAUUUUGCACGCUCUUGUCUUAGUUCUGGCAGCGUGCAAGUCCUCAAUGGUGGGUAGGGGGGUACCGACAAUCCUUUCAGCAGUUUGGAUUGUCCGUCGCAGUCGGAGUUUGUCCUUUUUUGUAGCAGCACCGAACCAGACUGUGAUGGAAGAACACAGGACCGAUUCGAUGACGGCUCUGUAGAACUGCAUCAGCCGCUCCCGUGGCAGACCGUGCUUCCUCAGAAGCCGCAGGAACUACAUCCUGUGCUGGGCCUUUUUCGAGGACGCAGUCGAUGUUGGUCGCCCACUUCAGGUCCUGAGAGACUGUAAUUCCCAGGAACUCGAAGGUCUCGACGGUUGACACAAGGCAGCUGGACGGCGUGAGGGGCGGCUGUGGCGAAGGAUGCCUCCUGAAGUCCAUCAUCAUCUCCACAGUCUCGAGCGUGUUCAGCUCCAGGUUGCGUCGGGCCGCUUCCUGUCGAUAUGCAGACUCGUCACCGUCCUCGAUGAGGCCGAUGGCGGCGGUGUCAUCUGCAAACUUCGGGAGUUUGACAGACGCUGGUGAAGAUCUUCGUACUGAGCGGCAAGCGCCAGAGUCCCCCGCCAUCAAAGAAGAAGAGGCGCUCAAGCUCCGUCACAUUAAAGAUGAAGAUCGAGAGGAUGAAAUCACCAAGUUCCCAUCGACUGGCGUCAGUGUGAAGAGUGAAGAAGAUGACCGAGAAAGUGAUGGAGACCGACGUGAAGGAUCCCAAUCAGACCGUCUCAUCGCUCCACUAUCAGACAGUGACGGCAUCACAGUUCACUCUUCUGACUAUGAUGAUGCCGACGGCAACGAUGGGGAUGAUGAUGACGUCGACUACGACGAUAAACAGUCUGUAGGUGAUAGGACAUGCCACACUGAUGACAAAUGUGUCAGAUGUUCUCACUGUGACAAAACUUUUUACAACAAGUCAGCCUUGAAAGCACAUACAAGAUCACAUACGGGAGAAAAACCUUUUGCCUGCUUAGUUUGUGGUAAAAGAUUCUCUUUAAAGACAAAUUUAACACAGCACGCCAGAACACACACUGGGGAGAAACCUUUUGUCUGUUCAGUCUGUGGUAAGACGUUCUCGCGCAAGGAGAAUUUGAACAUACACACAAUAACACACACUGGAGAAAAACCUUUUGCCUGCUCACUUUGCGGUAAAAAAUUCUCUUUAAAAAGAGAUUUGACAAUGCACACAAGAACACACACCGGGGAAAAACCUUUUGCCUGCACGGUUUGUGGUAAAAGAUUCUCCCUAAAUAACACUUUAACAAGACAUACGAAAACACACACAGGAGAAAAACCUUUUGCCUGCUUACUGUGUAGUAAAAGAUUCUCUUUAAAAAGAAUGUUAACGAUGCACACGAGAACACACACAGGAGAAAAACCCUUUUUCUGCUCAGUUUGUGGUAAAAGAUUCAUUGAGCAGGGACAUUUAACAAUGCACAAAAGAACACACACCGGAGAGAAGCCUUUUACUUGCUCAGUUUGCGGUCAAAGAUUCUCGAUGAAGACAAAUUUAACAAGGCACACAAGAAUACAUGAUGGAGAGAAACCUUUUACUUGCUUAGUUUGCGGCAAAAGAUUCACUCAGAACGGAGAUUUAACAAUACACACAAGAACACACACUGGAGAAAGACCCUUUGCCUGCUCAGUUUGCGGUCAAAGAUUCCCUUCAAAUUCACAUUUAACAAAACACACACGAACACACACUGGAGAAAGACCCUUUGCCUGCUCAGUUUGCGGUCAAAGAUUCACUCAGAGCUCACGUUUAACAAGGCACACAAAAACACAUGCUGGAGAGUAGCGAUUCCGUUGCAGUGAAAAGAUUUUCUGGUCAGGAUCAGUUUAAGAGACGCAAAUGUGCUGGUGAGAAGGGGAGGAGUCAGCGAAGCUGCAGAAUAAUCUGAAGAAACUGAGGCUGUGUCGGAAAUCAUUGGCCCUCCUUGAGAAAGUCAAAUCUCCUAACCUUUAUAUCACCUUCCCAUAACCUUUGUUGGAACACGUCAUCCGUUCAAGGAGAGCCGAAAAAGUGCUUCCUUACGAACGUGGGAAAAGGAAAACGCCCUUUCAAGUGAAUUUGUCUCGACUUUUCCCGAUUGGCGUAACCGUGUGACGACGAGUAUUGCCGACAUAAGUCUCGGGCUUGCAGACUUCACCCGCAAAAUAUUUACUUCAUAAAAAAAUAAAAAGUAUCUUUUAAAACAAUUCACAGAUUAUACCCAUGGAAAGUGUUUCUACAAUGAUUCAAAACAGAUGUAGAUACUAAUUGCCCUUUUUUUUUAUUAAAAAAAAAAAAAAAAAGAUCAACUGAAGAUAUCACGAAUUGUUGAAGCUUUGUCGGUGGAAUUCUUUCCCAUUCUUGCUCGAUGUACAGCUUCAGCCGUUCAACAGUCCGGGGUCUCCGUUGUCGUCGUUUACGCUUCAUAAUGCGCCACACGUUUUCAAUGGGAGACAGGUCUGGACUGCAGGCAGGCCAGUCUCGCACCCUCACUUUUUUACUACGAAGCCGCACAGUUGUAACACGUGCAGAAUGUAGUUUGGCAUUGGCAUAAGAAGGGGUGUCCGUGAAAAAGACGGUGCUUGGAUGGCAGCGUAUGUUUCUCCAAAACCUGUGGACUCGUCGGACCACAGAACGCUUUUCCACUUUGCAUCGGUCCAUCUUAGAUGAGCUCGGGCCCAGAGAAGCCGGCGGCGUAUCUGGGUGUUGUUGAUAAAUGGCUUUUGCUUUGCACAGUAGAGUUUCAAGUGGCACUUCCGGAUGUAGCGCCAAACUGUGUUUACUGAUUGGUUUUCUAAAGUGUUCCUGAGCCCAUGUGGUGAUAUCGUUUGCACACUAAUGUCGGUUUUUGAUGCAGUGCCGCCUGAGGGAUCGAAGGUCACGGGCGUUCAAUGUGGGUUUUGGGCCUUGCCGCUUCCGUGCAGUGAUUUCUGCAGAUUCUCUGAACCUUUCGAUGAUAUUACGGACCGCAGAUGAUGAAAUCCCUCAAUUGCUUGCAAUUGUCCGUUGAGGAACAUUGUCCUUAAACUGUUCGACUAUUUUCUCCCGCACUUGUUAACGAAGAGGUGAACCUCGCCCCAUCUUUGCUUGUGAAUGACUGCGCAAUUCAGGGAGAUCAAUCAUGGCACCCACCUGUUCCCAAUUGGCCCGUUCACCUGUGGGAUGUUCCAAACAACUUUUUUGCCACCUGUCCCAGCUUUUUGGGAACAUUUUCCAGCCAUCAAAUUCAAAGUUCGCGAUUAUUUGUUAAAAACAAUCAAGUUGAUCAGUUUGAACAUUUUAUAUCUUGUCUUUGUAGUGUAUUCAAUGAAAUAUUGGUUGAACAUGAUUUGCAAAUCAUUGUAUUCUGUUUUUAUUGAUGUUUAACACAAUGUCCCAACUUCAUUGGAAUUGGGGUUCCAUUAUUGGCUCAGUGACAUAUACACAAAUGUCGAUAUAGUCAUCGAAAACCACUCGCGCAAAUUUGAAAAUGAACUCAAACAAAAUUUUAGGACCGUUAGAUGCCCCAUGAAAGCCAUUAAAAUCUUGGAUGUAUGUUGUCUUUGUAAUGUAUUUUUGUAUUAUGAUAUUGUGUCUUUUUGCCACUUAUUGUGCACCCCCCCCUCCCCGCCCCUCCCGUCAAUUGUAAGUUCUGUUUUCUGAAUAAAUAUUAA